AUGAGUUUUGUAAGGGGUCAACUUACUGAAGAACAGAAACGACGUAUAGAAGCAAAUAGAAAACGAGCAGCUGAACGAUUACAGAAGAAGCAACAUCGAGAUGGUGGUAUACUAGCGCAAUCGAAUAAUAAUAUUUCUAAUCCAAGAUCAGAGGGUACAGGAAAUCCAGUUUCCAUUAGCACCAAAGGAAUACCUAGUCAGAUCGUUACCACUCCAGUUCAGAUCACAUCAUCAUUUGUUGAACCGGGGUCAAGUUCCAAAAGAGCAAGGAUCGAAUUAACUGAUGAGCAACGAAAUAGAAUUGAACAGAAUAGGUUAAAAGCUAUUGAAAUACAAGCUAGACGAUCCGAACAACGUAAUUCAUCCUCACAACCGGAUUCUUCGAGCCAACCACAACUGACAGCAGCACCAGCUGAUAUUAACCCGAUUGAAGAUGUAGUCCGAUUAAAUAAAAAUACAACUAUACAAGACUCCAACGCUGGCAAAUCCAAGAAAUUUGAACCUCCACCAAUUCGAAAGAUGGAUUAUAUUGAAUAUGAUUUUGCUACUAUGCAAGAUUCGCGUGGUGGGUUUAUUCAAGAUGAUGGAAAGACGCGUAGUGUAGAUGAACAAACAUUAGAAGAAUGGAAAGAAAAACAACAAGAACAACAAAUUAUACGAGAAUUACCUCCUCCUAUAGAUAUAGAUAAUGCACCUAGAUGUUUUGAUUGUAAUUCAUUAGAAAUUGAUCCGAAUCUAUAUACCAAUUUCAAUGUUAGAGCGUGUCGAAAAUGCGUGAAAGAAAAACCCGAGAAAUAUGCAUUAUUAACUAAGACUGAAUGUAAAGAAGAUUAUUUAUUAACCGAGCCUGAAUUGAAAGAUACUUCAUUAUUAGCAAGGAUUGAAAAACCAAAUCCUCAUGGAUAUAGUAGGAUGCAAUUAUUUGUAAGAUAUCAGGUGGAAGAAUAUGCUUGGAAGAAAUGGGGAGGUCCUGAAGAAUUAGAUAAAGAAUGGGAAAGACGGGAACAACAAAGAUUAAAGAGAAAGGAAAAGAAAUAUCAGGAUGAAUUGAGAGAAAUGAGAAAGAAAACAAGAGCUGAAGAAUAUACUAGGAAAUUAAGAAAUGGUCAAGGUAUUGGUGAACGACACGUCCAUGAUUGGUCUGCUCCUAUACAUUUGAAUGAUAAUAUUAUUAAGAAGAGAUGUAUAGAUUGUGGAAUUGAAAUUGAAGAAGUGAUUAUAUUGUAG